AAUAAAUUUCCCGUAUAGUCUUUUAAAUUAGUGUUUAUAAUGUUAACAUCAGUGCCAAUGUGUAAGAAACGUUAAUGUGUCAGUAAAUGUUAAAAAUCUGCGCAAAACAUGAAUGGACAGAGAAAGUGGGGUCAUGUGUAUGUUUGUGUAUAUGUGCAUAUGUGUGAGUGUGAUGGGGUGGAGGGGUUAGGGGGAGAAAGGGGGGUAGUGGUAGAGAGGGGAGGGAAGGAAAGCGGGGUAAAAAAAAAAAAAGAAGAAAAAAAAAAGAGGGGGGCUGGGUAUCUCUGUCUGUCUCCCGGACGGAGCGCAUCGCCGUGCCAGAGUGCGUUCAGGCUGCGCGGUGAAGGACCGAAACCACCGGGGUUCCCAAAAUAAACUGAGGGGACGCAGAUACGCGCGCACACACACGUAGGAUACACACACGGAGAGAAAGGCUGAGGAGAGAGAGAGAGAGGACGAGAGAUACACACCGGCGGAUGGCGGAGCAGAGCCAAAGAAAAGACACUACAGCGUAAAAUAGAAAAGGGGGGCAUCGCUUUCCCCUCCUCUUUUUCUCGCUUCAGUGGAGGAGGAAAGCAGAAGACAGGUGUAUUUAUUGAUAUGGAUUUAUUCAUUUAUUUAUCUAUUGAUUUUGCUUUAAUUAGUGACCCGCGAUAGAGAAAGAGGGAGAAACAGCGAGGGGAGGAGAGGGAGGAGCGAAAGUCAGACAGGAGGUGCCUGCGUAGCCUUACUUUAUUAUUUGAUUAUUCCCAUCUUUUAACCAAAUAAUGCUUUUGCGUUUUAUUAUCGUGUCGCUUUGUGUGCUUGUGUUCUUCAGCAGACCAGCCAGCUACUAACCAAAUCUUUACGAGAACCAAAAAAGAAGCAACUCCAGUGAUACACGGACAGUUUUAUCCCAUUUCUCUGUGCCGAGGAGGAUCCGCCGCUUGGACAGUGUUUGUUUGAGACUUUUCAUGACAGCGCAGGACGAGACGUCUAUCUUUUCACAAACUAAACCAAAGCAAAGCCCGCCGAGGAGGAGAGACCGAGACGGAGAGCCUCUGCGAUCUUUACGCACAGCUGUCUGGACACAAUAAAUGGAGUCUAAUUGUGUCUGCGUUACAUCCAAUGGAGAGCAGCUUAGAGGGGAGCACCGGCUGCACUAGAUUCACACGGGUGCGAUGAUCACACAUAUCCUCUACUGUCCAGUCACCUGCAGCCUGUGUUAGGUAGCCUGUAUGGAGAACCGCCGGUAGCUUUACAUUUUCUCCCAAAGCUUUCACUGCGCGCUCUGCACAUCGCUGCGUGUACGUGUGUGUGUGUGUGUGUGUGCCGGACUACUUGACUCCGAGAAGACACAAGUAACAGGGCUGUAGUAUUUAUCUGUAUCCCACAACCACGCAAAUCUAUAAUAGAGAAAUGUGAAUCAGCUGAGACAGACUCGAUCCACGGAAGAAGAAGAAGAAGAAGAAGCCAAAUACUGAGUGUCUUUUUUCUCUCACGAAGCAUCUUUACAACCGGCUGUCCACAAACCUGGAAAGCAUACGAAGACAGGCCAAAGACCGACGGAAGCACGACGGAUAAGAAAAGAAGAAAAGUGAGACUAAAAUAAAAAACAACGACCCCCAGGUCGACAGAGGACCAUGUUUGUCCCCCUGCCGGUCCCCUUCGUCUUUCAGAGAACAGCGUCCGACUUCAGCGCCUGGAGACUCAAGUCCUCGCUGGCUCCGCGGUCCAGCCCCGAUAUCAGGAUGUCUAAAGCAGCAGAAGAGGAGAAGCCUGGGGCUGAGUAUCCAGGGGACAGUUCAGACUCUGACAGAAACAGCCCCGAUGACCAGGUCCAGCCAAUGAAAACAAGCCCCUUCAGCGUCUCUCCCACACCGGCUGGUAGCAAGGGAAAGAGUGAGGAGAGCUCUGAGAUGGCCCAUAGCAACAUCCCCCCUUCCUCUCAACAACAACAACAACAACAACAGCAACAGCAGCAGCAGCAGCAGCAACAACAACAACAACAACAACAACACCACCACACACAGCUAAUGCUGGCUGGCAGUCAGCUAGCAGGGCUUGCCGCUCUGCUCCCAGCCCAGCAGCAGUUGCUCCUACAACAGGCUCAGGCUCAGCUCCUGGCGGCCGCCGUUCAGCAGUCAAACGCUGCCCAUGCCGCUCACGCUGCCCAUGCUGCCGCGCAGCAACAAGCCAACCAGCAGCAGCAGCAGAGCCAAUCACAAUCCCAGCAGCAACAGCAGCAGCAACAGCAACAAACCAAACAGGAACAAACUGUCCAAGCCCCGCCUCCACCGCAGCUGGCCCUGUCACAGCCGAUCCAGCUCACAGCCCAGGACAUCCAGCAGCUGUUGCAGCUCCAGCAGCUGGUUCUGAUGCCGGGUCAUCAUCUCCAGUCUCCUGCUCAGUUCCUCCUGUCUCAGCCACCACAGGCACAGCAGCCGCAGCAGGGUUUGCUCUCGACACCAAAUCUGAUCCAGCUACCUCAGCAAAGCCCAGGGGGGCUACUGACAACCCCGCCUCGCCUGGGUCUCCAAGCACAGAGGGAGAAGAGCAGCGAUGUUGUGGUUGGCGGAAGCAGCAGUGGCGGCAGCGGCUCUAUAGUCGCCACCGGCAGCAGCAGCGUUGGUGUUGUGACGUCUGUAGGAGCCACCUCAGCAUCCAGCAGUGCCAUGGCUUCCUCGUUGACUUCUGGCUUGACUCCUGGAGGUCACGGGAGUCACAUGGGGGAAGAACCCAGCGACCUGGAGGAGCUGGAGCAGUUUGCCCGCACCUUCAAACAACGACGCAUCAAGCUCGGAUUCACCCAGGGAGACGUCGGUGUUGCAAUGGGUAAACUGUAUGGUAACGACUUCAGCCAGACCACCAUCUCCCGAUUUGAAGCUCUCAACCUGAGCUUUAAGAACAUGUGCAAGCUGAAACCACUGCUGGAGAAGUGGCUGAGUGAUGCAGAAACCAUGGCAGUAGACAGCAUGCUGCCCAGCCCGUCUUCUCUCUCCUCCCCUAUGUUGGGCAUCGAGGGUCUAUCCGGCCGGCGCAGGAAGAAGCGCACCAGCAUCGAGACCAAUGUGCGAGUGGCCUUAGAGCGCAACUUCUGCACGAACCAAAAGCCUACCUCGGAGGAGAUCCUGCUCAUGGCAGAGCAGCUCAACAUGGAGAAGGAGGUGAUUCGUGUUUGGUUCUGCAACCGCAGACAGAAAGAGAAACGCAUCAACCCCUCUAGCAGCACCACCCCUCCCUUGCCCAGCCAGACUUCACCUGUUGUGACACACAAAGCCCCCUGCUACAGCCCGCACAUGAUAUCGAGUCAGGGUCUGUCCCAGGUCACCACCUGUCUCAGCACAACAGCCGCCAGCUCUUCAGCAUCCUGCCCCAUGACUCCUGUCAGCUCCGCUGCAGUAGGCUCCGCCUCUUCUUCUGUGACCCCACCCCCACAUAGCACAGCUAGCCCCGCCCCUCCCAGCCUUGGGGCCCACGGGCUCAACACUGGGAACACAUUGAUGGGAGUAAGCACAGGGAUGAACCAGGCCCUCAUUGGCAGCAGUCCCCUGGCUACCAUGCAAGCCCUGGCAGCCAGCAGUGGUCAGCUGCCCAUCUCCAGCCUCGAGGGGGGAGCCGCUCACAUGCUUCUGGGAGGACCUGGGGGUCCCGCUGUACCUCCUUCCCUCCGCCCCUCACUCUUCCUCAACCGCCCUACCCUCCUCCCCAUGGUGACCGGCUCCAUGGCAACAACCUCCACACCUGCCAUGGGACUGGUCAGCAGCGUUGGUGGAAUGUGCGGCCCCCGUCCCUCCUUCUCCCAGUCUCCGCCGCCCGGCGCCAGCGACCUCAUGAGCCCGACUUCGUGUCCCGAGGAGUCCGUAUCUCCUUGUUCAAGCCCCGCCUCCUUCUGUUCUUUCAGCGAAGCCUCGCCACCUCCUUUGGGAGGGGCCAUGGCCGAGUGAUCCCUCACUGACAGCCAAAGUUUCUUAUCAGAGGAGAACGAGGAGGAGGAAGAGGAAGAGUUAAAGGAGUUUUAAAAAUCUAAAUUUACAACCUCGCCUUUCAACCAAAGCCAUCUCUCUGUCUGAUCCAUCUCUGAUUUCAUCUCUCUCUUUCUCUGUCUCCCCGCUGAAGUCUUCUGAAGCCAAAAAUAUACACAGAUGGAUGAUGGGAGGAAGCAAAGAGAGAGGGAGAAUGGAGAGGAUAGAGAGAACUGCAGAACGGAGGGGGGACAUUUGAAACCAAAUAAUGAUCUACAGCUGGAGAGGUGGCACUGAGGAGUGUUUUUGCUCAGCAUCGGGGAAACGAACAGCAUGCUUUUUAUCGGCUGGAGAAAAAAUAAACUUGCUGAGGGCAGGGAUGAGAAGCGAAACUGUGUGUGAGAAAUGGGAGGCAAAAAGAAAAGACUUGUUUAACAAGCUCGGAAGGUCAUGUGGUUGCAACCAAAUUUAAAAAAAAAAAAAAAAAACAGAAGAGAGAAAAGAUGCUAGAAGAGAAACACACACUUACAAAGAUGAAAACCAAAAUCUCCAAAUACCAAAAACUGAAAACCAAAAAAGACAAAAAAACAACAAAACGGAGAGAAAAGCUUUAGUUCAAAAAGACUUUGCAUUCUGAUCUGUCCAGGAUCAGGUCAGUACUUCAUUUCACUUCAUGACAAACAUUUUCCAUUUCACUCAGGAUUUCCUUUGUUCUCAUUUUCAGCUUUACAAAACAUCUAUUUUUUCUAUUAAUUUCCAUUAAUCACUCUUUAUGGUAUUACAGAUAUGUAAUGUUUUACAGCUGAUCCCACAUGCAGCAUAUCUACCUACCUCUCUCUUUACAGUGAUGCAUACCUUACAUUAGAACAGGCAGCGUUUGUUUUCACCAGCCUGGGGUGGCAGAUGGGUGGAGUUUACUACUAUAAUUACUAUAGCAUCACUAAAGAUGCCAAUCCAUACUUACUGUAGUAUACUUUGCUGUUAAUGCCUGAGCUUUCUGGUAUUCAUUAAAUUAUACUAUGUGGUAAAACCCACCCUUCUGGCAUGUAAAUUGGAUAAAACCAACCGUACGUGUUGGAAAAUCUUAUUUGAUCCAGGUAAAAAUAAAUAUAUUGGUCUUUUUUUUGGUGGUUGUUUAGCUGUUUUAUUUACAUCCUAAUUUUCUGUGCAAAGAGAACAUUUUCUAUCAGGAUUUCAUCAUCAAUAUUCUCAUUGUUGUCUUUAGUGUUUGCUCAAAUCGAAGUAAACACACUCAACAGUCUACAAAGAGGAUACCACAGGCAGAUGUGGACAGUCUUGGGAUUUUAUUCAGCAUUAUUUGGCUUCUUUUAUUUUCAUCACCCCAUACACACCCAUACCAUCAUCAUGUCAUCUUCCAGACUGCUCAUCUACCACCAGACAGUCACUCUUGGAUACCAAAGCAUCGCCUCUGGCAGCGUUGUCUCUUGAUUCGCCCGGGAGACGAGUGUCCAGACAAAACCUCAGCAGUGUCAAAGGGAAAACACACACACACAUACACACACACACACACACACUACAAGCAAAAGAAAGAGUCCAAACCAAAAAAAAAAGAACAAAAGAAAGAGGUGAAGCACCGGCGUUCCCCUUACUGCCCCCAAACCCCUGCCCUCCAUCCCUCCCUCCCAUCUGCCCCUCUCCUUUGUCUCCAAAGAUCAGAUCAAAGGGCCAAAAGAAAAGAGGAGAAGAAGAAGAGGAGGAGAAGCGGUCAGGAGCGGAGGAGCCAAAGGUAUGAAAAGCUGCAGGGGAAAAGCAAGAAGAUAGAAGGAAGAGGAGCAGGAGGAGGUGCGCUCGAAGCGGCGGACCAAAAAACCAAAAAGUAACCCAAAACCAAAAGCUACUACUACUGCUACUAAUUAUGUAUGAGUGACUGAACCGUAACUAAACCAAAUACAAACAAAGAGGGGGAGGACGAGGGGAGAAAAGGGGGGAGUAAGGCCCUGUCUGUCUGUUUGUCUUUAGCUGUGAUUGCUGUUCUUGUAUCGACAGACAGAAAUCGUUCCCUCCCUCCCUCUGCCAGCGACCUCGGCUUUGUUCUCACUUUUUCCUGGAUGGAUAAAAUAUGGAAUAACCUCAACAAACUGACUUUGAGAAUAUAUAUAUUUUUGUUUUUGCUUUCCAUAGUGUGUCUGUUAAUGAUGUAUGGAUUUGUCUCAUUGCUUUCUACUUAUUAUGCGGCGGGAAGGAGGGAGGGAGGGAGGGGCAGGGGUGGGGAGGUGGUGGUGGUGGGUUUUGGCGACGUGUUGCCUAUUUUCAUAUCUUCUUGUCUCUUCGGUUGUGCUCUGGGUUUUUAUUUUUUUUAUGGUUGGAAAUAACUGUGAAAAUGUAGCUUCCAAGAUUACAAAAAAAAGUUUUUUUUAGUUGAUCCAUUAUGUUGUGAGAAAGCCAAAACUGAAAACCAAAAGCAAAACUUUUUAGACAUACAACCAAAUAGAACAACCAAACCAAUGCACAAGUUGUACGUGUGGCUCAGCUGUGUGUGACUGUGGGAACGUGUGUGUGCUUGUGCGAGCGUGUGUCGGUAUAAAGAUAAAUUCUCUUGCAUCCAAACCAAACCGUAAAACACAACGCACUCUUUAUGUCUCAUAAACAUGUUCAACAAACUAAUGUCACCCAGUGUUUAUUUUAGAUACUUGAAAGCAGAACUCUGGUCAUUUUCAACCUGGACCCGUUUCACAGAGUUUUCCCAUCAAACUUAUUGUCUCCAACGUUCUCUCCUGCUGCUUGGAUCAUUUCUAACACAAACUCCAAAAAUCAAAGUGAUCCCUCUGUCGCCUUGUGAAACUCAGCACAAGUUUAGUUUAUUUAUAUUCAGAUAACUUUCACUAUUUAUUUUUGCAGAGGGCUUCUGAGGCUUAACUGUACAGUUGCUGUUGUUCGUAUCUUUUAACAGAUGUUUAUUUACAGAGUGAGAAGUUAAUAAGUGGUGUAAAAUACAGAUUGACUUCUUUUGGCCACAUAGCUCAUUUUUAAUGUAGCAUACUUAACAGGCAGCCACUGUUUUCUAUUCAUUUCAGCACGAAUGAAAAUCAAUUUACUGAUAUUUUAAACAUAAGCAAUAUUGCUAAUCCGUCAUCUCAACUUUACGUCAUGUGUUUCUCCCUGAAGUUGUAUUAUUGUAAUGCAGGUGAGAGCAGACUCACAUAUUCCAACAUGUUCUCACUCUCAUCUCAUCCAAUACAGUAGCUUGGUCAGUGGCCUUCAGACUGGGAUGCUUUAGGUACCCGACUAGCGUCGUCUUGGACGUUCAGGGAUGGCAGGUCAAUUUCCACACGUCACAUGCAUAGUGUCUUUUCAAAAUAAUCUUCCAUGUUCAUGGGAAACAUUUGCUUGAGUCCAGACAUUUGAACCGGCACCACUAGCCCAAGUACAAGUUCACUGAUUUGUCUGGCAUCGUGACAUGAAACAGUAAUUUCGCAGGUAAAUAACAACAACAAAUGAGCAAUGCAGAGGUCCUCAAUUAGCCAACUGGCACCACCGACAGGACUAACAUCAUUGUCUUGCUGUUGUCAAGCAGUGUGCCGGAACCAAUGAGGAGUUAUAAGAACAAUGGCGAGCGCUGAGGACAAGAUAGAAGCUGCUAUCCGGACUGUUCUUAAUUGACAUGCUAUCCCAAUAUCACCCGAUAUUGGCAUGGCUACAUAUCAGUGUGGAGUUAAAAUGACGUUAGAUUUAGGUGGAUAUGUUGGUCUAAUUGGUUAGGGGAAAUCGAACCUCCUUCCCUUACAAAAAUCGGAUAGAGUGGACGCAAUGUCAGACUAACGAUGGAAACACAGUGUGAUGAGUUGAUAAUUCUGUCCGAUAUCAGGCGAAGGAAACAGCUUUCACCAAAACUGUUUUAGGUUUAGGCAAUAAAAUUACGUGGUUAGGUAGGAAAAAAACAUCAUGGUUAGGGUUAAAAUAAGUAAGUUUAACCUGUGUUUCUCACAAACACAAACACCCAUCUCCAGGGUGAAAGUCCUGUGCUUGGUUGAGUCAUCCACCCCUCCGUCCCCCUCUCCUGCCAAACUUGGACUGUCUCGCUCUUUAUACAAUGUCAUUGCCAUGGAUGGGUUUGCAUCAGAGUUAAAUUAAAGCCUGGUAUAUUUGUACAGAUGCUGUAGGGUGCCUUGUGUAUCAGAAUCAGAAACUGACGGCCACUGACCAAGCUGCAAUAUUUGAUGCCCCGGGAAUGAGAACAGGCUGUAUAUUAAUUAUAUUAUAUUAUUAUUAAGUUAUGUGACCUGGAAACCAAACCUUUUAACAUAACUGUGAAUAAGAUAAACAAGUAUGUACAGCACAUCUAGAUGAUCAUCAGUCAACUCUAAUUUCCAUUGAAUGUAUCACCAAGGUAGAGUUUUUAAGGAUCAGUGAUUUUUCAUAUUGUCCUGUUUUUAAUAGUGAAGGCAUACCAGUGUUCAGGUAUCUAAAAACUGUUGAUAAAUUAUCACCAAUACAGUAUAUUUGAUUUUACGUUAAUGAGCUGAAACAUGUUUCUUUUGAAAAGCUCCACAGUGAAGCAGUUGGCGAUAUUUUUGUGAGAAAAGAUCACUCUGAUGGAAUAAUAAAAAGAGGUCCAGGUUGAAAACAGAGAAAGCUUUCAUCAAACACACACAGGUACUGUAGGCAACCAAUGAUAAAGAUGAUAUGGGGAGGGAAGUGGGGGGGUGCUCACGUCUGAGACGGAUUAAAGGCUGUUAACGUCCACUUUUAGAGGGAAUGUAUCCAUUAGUUCUUCUAGGUUUUUGUAGGGGGGAAAUAAUCUAUGUUCAACUGCUCUUACUUGUUGCUGAUGUAUAAAAAGGCUGGGACUAUUACCUUUGAUGAUGACGACCGAAGACGACGACUUGAUUUAAGAACCAAAAGCUUUAAAACUCUUUAUCUCUCACGGGCUCUUUGUUGGAAAAAAAAAUAUUUGUAUUUAUUGUAUGAGGGAGGUGUGUGCUUUUUUCGGGGAUGGGGAAAAAUGGUCCGUUUGUAUUUUAUUAACUUCUUUGUCUCUCACCUUUAUUUAUUGACUCUUUAUUUAUGUAUUUAUUGGAUUCUAUUUAUGUCUUUCUGGAUCUUUGUAAUAGUUUUUUCAGGGGUUGUUGUGAGGCUUGUAUCUGCAGAGAGAGGGGUGUUCUUGAGAUCAAGACAAGAAGAGAAAAUGCCAAACGAAUGUUUCAAAGCAAAACCAAACUUAAAGACUGUUGUAACCUGAGACAGAGAGAGAAAGUAGCAGGGAAACUGUGACGGAGGAAAAUGCUGUUUUAAAAUUAACUUUGUGGGGGAAAUUUGUCUCAGCGUUGACUGUCUGAUAUUUGCAAUCUCUCACAGAACCUGGAAUGUGUGUUACUGUUUUUUAAUCUCCAGUUGGAAACAUUGGGUUUCUCAUUUUGGAUCAAACUUAUAUUGUUUUCAGUUGCAACAGCUCUUUGUUAAUUCAAAAUGUGGUUGAUUAGUGUAUACUAAAUGGAAAGGUACACAUUAGGCUACUAAAUUAAACUUAUCUGCACAAAACAAAUUGGUUCUUAGGUAGAUGUUAGUUGUUACUAACUAUUUACACCUAGUAACUGCCAUUAUGUAGCCGUUACAUAGCUACCGGAACUAACUGAAAAAGCUAACGUUAGCUUGCUAAUAUACGACCUGUUUAGACGACUAAAAGAGCUAAUAUGCAGAAUGGUUGACAUAUCGGAUUUCACAGUUGAUCACUCACGCAAAUAACAAAAUAAAAUCAUACCUACAUUUACGAAGUAUUAGCAGUUAAGUUUAAAAGUAAAGAAAAAAGCCCCUAAAACUGUAAGCUGUGGCCGUUAGCUUGUGAUGCUAAGGGCUCAUUUAUGCUCAAUGUUAGGUACGUAUAGAGACACGGACAGAGACUUCUGUCCAUCCUCUGUGCUCAUUUCGUCCGUAUUUGUGAACGUUUUCUGAAAGCUUAUGGAUAUGAACGAAACGGAGCAGUACCACUAGAGAUCGUGGGGGCAGUGUAGCCUACUUCAAGCAACAUAUGACCAAAGGACACGACAAAGACAUUUCUAAAAAAGGCAGAACAGGACGAAUUAGUGAUAUAAUGAAAAGAAUUCUCCCUUCACAUGUCCGGAUUCAUUUAAUGGCCAUCUACAACACUACCUCUGUUAAAAGGUAGAUUAUUACAACCUCGUCCACCAUUGCGUCGUUUGUUAUUGUCUGAAUUUUUUUGACUCUGCCCUGUUGUGCCAUCAAUUGGCUGUAUCUAUGCCAUCAUAAAGGAUGCUGGGAAGUAUAAGGGCAGUGAUGUUUACAACAUUUGAAACAGACAUAUCUAUUUUCGUAUGUAAAGGGAGUAUGAAUGAGCCUUGACUUCCUGAUGAGACGGCGCUAGCCUACAGAUGUGUCCUCACAAAGUCCUAAUUACUAAAGUCUUCUCUACUAAGACAUUACUUUUCAUACUGGUGCAACCUGAUCACUUGUCUAAAACUAACUAGUAGUUUCUAAGAACUUCACAAACAAACUUAGCGAUGGAUUUCACAAAUAGCUUGUGCAACUCAGUCCUGCUGCUUCAGGACAAUAGAGAGUCUGGUUUGCUCUGUCACUGGAAAGUAAAGUAAACUGACUAUGAAAUACUAACAGCUCAGUUUCACACACUCCAAUCUGGUUAAACUAGUCAGUGUUUGACACGUUGUAACAUUUGUCCUAUGUUUGGUUUAAAACUCAACAUUUCCAUCCUUUUGAGUGAAUUUCCUCCGUUCACGUCUCCUCCUCUGCUCUCUUAAAAGCUUUCUGAUUCCCUCCGUCUCUUCUUCAUAGACGAGGGGCUUUUAACUCAUACCUCUGAUACUCUGAUGAAAAAACCAAAUAGACACUCAAGCUUUAAUGACAAAAUAAAAUAAAAAUAAAAAAGAGAUGUGACUUGUCUGAACUCAGGAGUGAGGGAUGUGAAACUGGCCCUAGCAAAGUUAGAUGAUGGAGAAACAAAGAUUUUCAGUUGUUCUUAUGGCUUUAACCUACAGAUUACACCAUGUCCUCUGUGCUGAGGAUGUGGCUGUUUUGUAGAGAGGAAGGUGUGUGUAUAUUCGUCACUGCUGUCGGAGGAAAACAUUUGAACUUCAGGUUUUACUUAAAAUACACGUCAUGUUUUAAAUGUGAUGCUUGACCCUUGGGCUGUUAAAUAUCCACUGCGGAGCUUAAAAAAACGUGGAUGUCAAACUAAAGUUAAGAAAAUACAAAUUUAUAUUUUUAAGAUUUGCGUUUUUUGUCGUUUUUUUGUUUUGUCUCCGACAGCAGUGCAGCUCUGUCUGUGUGCCUGUGUAGUCCGACUCUGCUGUGGUGGACAGAGAAUGAUACCAAAGUUAAAACUACCGCAGUGAGACGCUACACUACCGACACAACACACACACUCACAGUCAUUCCAUGUGUAUAUAAACAUUCAGGAUUCUUGUUAGGGACCGUAACUGCUAAAAUAAAAGGUAUCCAGCGCCUGUUGUUAAUAUGAAAACACUGUCAGAUAAUAAGAGCACUUCAGGCCUUGACAGUUUUCUACUGUAGUUCUUCUGUGGCUGUGAAUGUUAAUUUUACUACUCUGCUCAACUUUCCAAGUCACCGUGACACAUAAAAGACUCUUUUUUGGCCUUGAGAACACAAAAAGUAAAACCUGACAACAGAGUGAAAAAAAAGAGAGAAUAAUUUCAGUCGAUAUUGUUUGCCCCAUGUUAUUGUUCCUUUAUUUAGGAGAAAGUUAAAGAAACGUUUUCCUUUCUAUUUUUUCUACAAUGCAGCUUAAAUCCAAAGGUUAAGAGGACAGCAAAGAUAGAUUUUACUGCUAAAGAAAAAAACCUCAAUAGUGAAAACCAAAGAGCUCCACUGUAUCUUCUCACCUUGAUUUACUUUUUUCUCCGCAUUGUGCAACUCCCACGUUUUUAUGGUGGCUGUAAACUCUAAAAGUAUUCUUUAAUAUAGCCUAAUGAUGAUGGUGGCGGUGAUGAUGAUGGUGGACAUAAAAGAUGAAACAAACACUGCUCUGUAAGCUUCAGUAUCUGUUUUUCGGGUCCUUUUUUCUGUUUUGAAGUAUGCUUACAAUAUGCUGUUUUUUGACCUUGAGGCUCUCUCUGUCUGAGUUGAUUCAAAUAACCUGAUUCUGUUGGAAACGUUUGGGUUUGAAACUGUUCUCUACUGUCCCUGAACUCAUCGCUAUCUGUGUGCCUGUUGUUUUAAGGGGCCAGGGAAACGGGGACAAAACAAACCUGUAAGUGUUAGGAAUAAAGUGCGAAUUUAGACCAAA